GCGAAGACAGUCUGAUCCUGGAGUUAGGAAUACUCAGAUCGGAGCCGAGAAAAAAACACGCAAGAAACCUUGUAGGCGUGCGGAGUGCGGUUGGUUCACAAACAACCCGGGUCUCGAAUGCAGCAUGUGCCCCUCAGGCGCAGUGCACGCCGUCAGUGAUAAGCUAUGCUCCGCAUGCCAUAGGUCGGAGGGCUUAGCUGGCUUCACGCACCUCAGAGGGCCACGGCUUGAACGAGCGACACGGUUGUUUUUUGCCGAGUACCAAGAAGGAGAGGGGGAGCUGCCUCUACCUCUCGUCCGAGGAUUUUGUCCCAGCAACGACUGCAUUUGCCAACGCCGAGAUUGUUUCUACGGUUGUCUUCUCGAGAGGGAAGAAAAGCCGGAGCUCCCAACAUGUAGCGUGUGCAAGAGAGGGUACCCUGUGAAGGACCAGAAGAGGUGGUACAGUGUGGACGUGGUGGACGAUAACAUAACGGAGGGUGGUGGAUCAGGACGCACACAAGCUUGGUACUGCCAGGCCUGCAAUCAAGCUCGAAUCCGGGCCAUCGGAGAAGCUACUCAAAAAAGGUUGCGGCAUCGAGCAACUCGGGCCGACCUAAAGCCGAUGAACCGGCGCCGGAGAAGGGUCACUAAAAAAGAAGAGGAGGAGCUUGUCAGCGNAGACGAGGUUAUCGCAUCCCUCGCCCCACGGGCGCGCCGGGCGAACACGUCCGAUGGUCCGAGCACGCCCGCAAACGCCACGUCCGGUGGAAAUACGUCUCUGCAGAUAGUGAGGCGUCUUCUCGAAGAAGCGAAAGAGGCAGACGCGAGGAUGAGAUCGUGCGUGCGGCGGCGGAAAUUGUUCGGGCCAAUGUCGAUCAGCAUUCAGAUCUCAAGAAUGCCCGCAUCCGACGGAAAAAUCACAAACGGUCCACAGCCAAGCGCAGCGGGGAGUGUACGGCGAGAGGAUGAUGGGAGCGAUGGAGCCGACGCGCUUGAAGGAGCCGCCUGUGAGCGGCAAGCCCCCACUCGCGAUGCCACUCGGGCAGAAGAGGUGGAUUCUGCUGGGCCGGCUUCCGAGGCAGCUGCCACUUUCAUCGAAAAAACCAACCAGGAUAGGCGAGGCUUCGCACGGCGUUUGUACAUGCUUUGCAAGUGCACGGUGAAGGCGAUUUUUCCUGGUCGACACUUGACAGCGGCGGACAUCAAAGGUGCUCAGUGGGCGAAGUCAAAGGGGACCUGCCGGCAGGUUAUCGACUUUGUAGCAGGGCACGGCUUGUGGGCUACGACUUCACAAGUGCAGCAUCGAGAGGACUAUCAUGCGAAGGUCGUUGAGGACAAGGACAUUCUCCCCAAGGGGGCCCAAUGCGCGGCGAUUGCAAACGACAACACGACCUGCGGGUCGGUGAGCGCCAGGGGGAAGGACCGCAUAUUUCGUUCAUAG